AUGACACUAAAUCCUUCUAAGUGUACCUUUGGGUAUCAGGAAGUUAAGGUACUAGGACAUACAGUCAGUGCUAAAGGAGUAAGUCCCGAUGCUGGAAAAAUAAAAGACAUACUGAAUUUUGAACCACCUAGAAGACUGAGGGCUCUCAGGUCCAUUUCUGGGGCUUGCCAACUACUACCGCACAAACAAGACGCCUACAAUGUAGUUCCUGACACACUUUCAAGGAAUGCUUGUGAGGACUGUAAGCCAGAAGACGAAGACAAGACCAAUGAAAUACCCAUGUUAGCGCUGAAUUGGACAGAUCUACCCAAAUUACAGGAUGAGGACGAGGAGUGCAGAAGAAUCAAGGACACAAUGUUAAAACCGGAAGAGUCUACAGCGACAGAAAGAAGAAUGGCAAGGAGUUUUAUGCUGGAAGAUGGAGUGCUAUAA